AUGUCUAUCGUGGUCUCUCUUGGCACAACGCUCAAUCUAAGCUGGAGUUAGAGCAAUCUGAAGAACAACCCGAAUGAUCCAAAGUCAGUUGCUAUCUAUCUUUCAAACAGCAGAUGCUUCCUUGAACCUUUGCUGUGCGUGUUGUUUCUUUCAUACAAUUACUAUAUCUUUGUUUCGAUUAUAGGAGCAAUUAAAUAAAUGGAUUUUUUUGGUUAAUACCAUCGCUGAAUUUGUAAUGUGAUUCCAAAAGUUCCAUAACAUAAAUUGAACCAACUUUUCGUACAAUA